AUUCCCUAUAAAUAUCAUCCCAUAAUUUAGUUCAAUCCGCUUAGACUCCUCCUCCCUACCAUAAUUCUUCCAUCUUGAAUCUCGAUCAACAUCGCAAGCUUCGAUCACUCACUCUCUCUGAUCUCUCUCUCUCUGCAAACAAAGAAUGAGAUUUAGCUGUGAAUUCUAGAUUCCUUAUUUUAUUGAUCGUCUUCAUCAUGAGCCCACCGCAUUUUCAGGGCUAUAAUCAACAGAUUAUUAUGAGCAGAAGAAUGAACAACCCGGCAUUGAAGAUCAACCCGGGCUCCCGUUUCAUCAAGAAAUCGUCGCCGCCGCCAUCGCCGCCGUUGCAGCCGUCGCCGCCGUUAGAUGGUCCGACUGCCGGGCCUCGCCACCCGGUGGUAAUAUACACACACUCUCCAAAAAUCAUCCGCACCCACCCUAAGGAUUUCAUGGCUCUCGUGCAGAAGCUCACCGGCUAUUCCGCCCCCGCCUCUGCUCCGCCGUCUCCGCCGUCUCCUCCACCGCCUAUGCCGGAGCCUUGCGACGAAUAUUUAAUCACCGAUCUAGCUAAUAAUAGUGAUCACAGUACUGGCAAUAAUACCAAUAAGAGCAGCGGUGAUGAUGACGUCAGUGCAAGAUAUAAUUGGUUGAUGAUGGGAGAAGAUAAGGACUUGACAACGAUGGAUGAGAAGGUAGGGAGCUGUAGUAUAGGCCAUGGUUUUGAUCCAAAAAAUAAUAGUAAAUUUUAUUUUGAUAAUAAUAAUAAUAGUGAAUUUAUAAAGAAUAGUAAUAAUAUGUCAUAUUUUGAUCCAACCUCCAUGGAUUUCGGGUUCCCAAGUACUACACCAUUUGAUAAUUGUGGAGAUUCAUUGCAUUUGAUGAGAAGCUCCGUUUCUUCUCCCCCUCCUUCAUUGGUCACGAAAGGUGGCUCCACCGAUCUAGGUUCCCCGGAGAGUGUGAUGGAUUUUCCUGAUUUUUUUGGGUGAGGAUUUAUAUAUAAAAUUGUUCUUAGGAAUUUUUUUUUUAUAAUUAGAGGCCUUGCUUUGUCAAUAAUCUUGCAUUUGAAAUAAGAG